UUUUCUCCUAUUUGCUGUUCUCUACAUAGUUUCCUACUUCAUAAUCACAAGAUACAAAAGGAAAGCAGAUGAGCAAGAGGAUGAAGAUGCCAUCGUUAACAGAAUAUCGCUGUUCUUGAGCACCUUCACUCUAGCAGUUUCAGCUGGUGCAGUCCUGCUUCUACCUUUCUCAAUAAUCAGCAAUGAGAUCCUGCUUUCUUUUCCACAAAACUACUAUAUUCAGUGGUUAAAUGGCUCACUAAUUCAUGGUUUAUGGAAUCUUGCUUCUCUUUUUUCAAAUUUAUGUUUGUUUGUGUUGAUGCCCUUUGCCUUUUUCUUCCUGGAAUCAGAAGGAUUUGCUGGCUUAAAAAAGGGCAUCAGAGCACGCAUUUUGGAAACCCUUGUAAUGCUUAUUCUUCUUGCACUGCUUAUCCUUGGAAUCGUGUGGGUGGCUUCAGCACUCAUAGACAAUGAUGCUGCCAGUAUGGAGUCUUUGUAUGACCUCUGGGAAUUCUACCUCCCGUAUUUAUAUUCCUGUAUAUCACUGAUGGGAUGCUUGUUACUUCUCUUAUGCACGCCAGUGGGGCUUUCACGGAUGUUUACAGUAAUGGGUCAGUUGCUGGUGAAGCCAACAAUCCUUGAAGACCUAGAUGAGCAGAUGUAUAUCAUCACUUUAGAGGAAGAAGCAAUUCAGAGGAGGCUUAACGGUGUAUCUUCCACGGUGGAAUACCAGACAGUAGAGUUGGAACGGGAGCUUGAAAAAGUGAAAAGCAAGAAAAUGAAUCUAGAACGGCGGAAAAAAGCUUCUGCUUGGGAAAGGAAUUUAGUCUAUCCAGCUGUUAUGAUAUUGCUACUGAUUGAGACAUCCUUCUCGGUCCUCUUAGUCGCUCUCAACAUUCUUUACCUGUUGGUUGAUGAGACUGCAAUGCCAAAGGGAUCAGGGGGGCCUGGAAUAGGAAAUGCCUCCCUAUCCACCUUUGGUUUUGUGGGAGCAGCACUUGAAAUCAUUUUGAUUUUCUAUCUUAUGGUAUCCUCUGUCGUCGGCUUCUACAGUCUUCGUUUUUUUGAAAAUUUCACUCCCAGGAAGGAUGACACAACUAUGACAAAGAUCAUUGGAAACUGUGUCUCAAUCUUGGUGCUGAGCUCUGCUUUGCCAGUGAUGUCAAGGACACUGGGAAUCACCAGAUUUGAUCUGCUUGGAGACUUUGGAAGGUUUAACUGGCUGGGAAACUUCUAUAUUGUGUUAUCUUACAACUUGCUCUUUGCUAUCAUGACCACGUUGUGUCUGGUCAGAAAGUUCACUUCUGCUGUGCGAGAAGAGCUCCUGAAGGCAUUAGGAUUAGAUAAACUUCAUCUGUCAAACAAUCCAAGAGACUCAGAGACAAAGCCGUCUGCAAAUGGGCAUCAGAAAACACUGUGAUUAACGAUCACCUGCAAUCAACAGAGCUGAAAACACCAACCUCAUGGCAUUCC